AUGACCACUCAUGACUCGGCUACAUCCUUCCCGGUUGCCCGCCCUUCUGUCCGGCCUGUCAACCCAACGCCCGCACCAACUUUCGGGACGAUUCAUGCCCCCAAAGACCCUGGCGUGUUCUCGGGCCGCGAGGGUUCCGAUGCCGAGCAGUGGCUACGCCUCUACGAACGAGUCAGCAUCACUUACAGGGAUGGAUAUCCGAUGGUCCUAAGCGACAAGCUCAGGGAACAUGGCGUGAUUCUGGAGGACCUCGUAUGCUACUACAAAGAAAUCUACCGAAACGAGUCUUUGAAGAAACCCGACGAGGAAUACCUGUACGGGAGCAGAAAGCGACUCCUGUUUGGCGAGCUGCUUCAGAAGGAGUUCCUCUUUGUAGAAUGCGCCACAAGACAGUCUCCGGACAAGCCAUUUCAUGAGCGAUUCCUCUUCAAUCCAUUAUUCAAAAAGACUAUCGAGGAACGCUGUAGCAUAGCUUUCGGAACUCCACACAACAUGAGUGUUCUAGUCCUCGGUCUGGAUUCUGUCUCAUACCUAAAUUUUGACAGGCAGCUGCCGGAGACUGCAAAGUUUGUUCGCGAGAAACUCGACGCUUUUGAACUUUACGGAUACAAUAAGGUGGGGGACAACUCGUACCCGAACCAGGUCCCCUUGAUCCUGGGUCUCAAAGAUUACGAGGCCACCCAGGCUGUCGCAGGUGGUUUUUACGACAACCUAAGUACCCGGCUAAUAUGGCACAUGUAUGGAGAACGGGGAUACCGGACUAUGUUUCUCGAGGAAUCGCCACACUAUGGUAUAUUUAAUUACAUGACACCCGGCUUUCAGCGUGCUCCGGCUGAUUAUUACCUGCGCCCCAUCGUAAUGGCCAUGGACGACUCGCCUAAAAUUACCGAAGAUUGGCAACGUGUCCCCUGUUUGGGACUCACGAUGCCAUUCGUAGAACGGCUCGACUACCUCGCCCAUUUCACUAACUUGAUGGCCAAGAGACCGUUCUUCUCCUAUACUUGGAUAAUCGAUAUCGCGCACAACUUGCUAAACAGCGCAGGCUAUGCGGACGAGCCGUUCCGGCGACACUUAGAAACUCUUCUGACUUCUGGUACGCUCAACCACACUGUUCUCGUUUUGCUCAGCGACCAUGGCAUGCGAUUCGGAGAAAACCGCGCAACCUACAUAGGCAAGUUCGAGGACCGCCAGCCGUUCGCCUUCAUCGUCUUCCCACCGUGGUUCCUCCAAAAGAACCCAGAGGCGGCGCAAAGUCUCCGCACGAAUCAGCACCGUCUGACCACUCCCUUCGACAUUCACGCCACGCUCGUCGAGCUGCUCGACUAUCCGAACGCCCAACAACCCAACUCCACGUACGGGCUCAGCCUUCUGCACCACAUACCCGACACAAGGACGUGUGCUAACGCGUCCAUCGCUCGUCACUGGUGUGUAUGUGAUGCACGUGCCGACGCCAAUGUUACGGGUGACGUGGCCUUGAAGCUAGCAAAACACUUCGUGGCAAACCUGAACGAAUGGGUAAGCGAGGGAGGGAGGAAGUGUGAAGAGUACCGUCUACUCGAAAUCAUUGACGUAACUCCGCUUCGGGAGACUCCUGCUGAACGUCCGGAAAAUGCGAGCCAUUACUGGGUGACCAUCAAGCUUUCGCCUGGCGCCGCAGUGUUUGAGGGCACGGUGCGUGCACAAGGCAAUAAUAUGACAAUGCUUGACGGCAUCAGCCGCUGCAACUGGUUCUCACAGCAGUCCUACUGCGUCAGCAACUGGCUUCAGAAGUACUGUUAUUGCCGGCGCACAGCAGGAGAGCUGAUUUUGUAG